AUGAUAAGGCUGGCCGUCACAGCCAAGGAGAACAAUGGUGAUAGCAGUAUUCCAAUAGAUUUUUCGGGAAACGCCGUUGCCCCUUCGCUAGUGGCUCGUAAUGACGAAAUAUUGGCACCGGACUGCUCGACACCACUGUCGUCUGCCGACGUUUUGGAACACAUUGGAUUGAGAACCGGCGGAGAUGGUCAAGGCUCGAAUGGGACGUUACCAUUUAUAGGACGCACUUUUGAAGAUACUGAAGUGACAGCUUUAUCCGGUGCGAUGGCCGGUUUUUUGGCCGGAAUUACAGUGUGUCCAUUGGACGUUGCGAAGACGAGAUUACAAGCACAGGGUCGCUCGACAGGGUCGAGCAACUAUUACAACGGGAUUGUAGGUACCUUGAAAACGAUUUUGCGCGAUGAAGGGGUACGAGGCCUUUACAAAGGGUUUGUACCGAUAGUCUUGGGAUAUUUCCCAACUUGGAUGAUUUAUUUCUCUGUUUAUGAGCGAAGCAAGACAUUCUACUACCACGAAUUCCCGAAUUCGGAUUUUGCGGCGCAUUCUUUAUCUGCAUUCAGCGCGGGCGCCGUGUCAACAAUGCUGACGAACCCGAUUUGGGUCGUUAAGACCAGACUUAUGCUCCAAACACAUGUGAACGAAAACUCGACUACUUAUAGAGGUACCAUAGACGCAUUCAAGAAGAUAUAUCGCACAGAAGGUGUUCGUGCCUUGUAUUCAGGACUGCUGCCGUCUUUGUUCGGUCUCGUUCACGUUGCGAUCCAUUUCCCAGUCUACGAAAAACUCAAAGUUUGGCUUCAUUGCAACACCGGGGCAUCCUCAGAUCACAAUCUUGACAUGGGCAGGCUCAUUGUUGCAUCCUGUACUUCGAAAAUGGUAGCAAGUCUUUUGACCUAUCCACACGAGAUUUUACGCACAAGAAUGCAACUCAAAUCACUCCCACGUCAAGUACCAGACGAAAUUCAUCACAGCCUUAUCAAAAUUACACUACACACCUAUAAAUCAGAGGGGUUCUUGGGUUUUUAUUCUGGAUUCAUGACCAAUUUGGUAAGAACGGUACCGGCUUCCGCAAUAACACUUGUCUCUUUCGAAUAUUUCAGGAAAUAUUUCAGGCAAUUGAAUGACACCUUCAAGAUAUAG